AUGGCGACGAUUCCAGAGGCACCCUUAGCCUUAACAGGCAAAACCAUUCCCCUGGUAGGCUUUGGCACUGCUGAAUUUCCUUUCAACUCAACUGAGUCUGUAAAAGAAGCUGCCCUCCACGCAAUUCAACUCGGCUACAGACAUUUUGACACGGCUGCACUGUACCAGAGCGAGCAACCUCUUGGGGAAGCCAUAGCUGAAGCUUUAAAACUUGGCUUCAUAAAAUCACGCCAUGAGCUUUUCCUCACCUCAAAACUUUGGAUCAGCGACGCACACCAUGAACUUGUCCUCCCUGCAAUAAAAAAAAACUGCAGGAAUCUUGGGUUGGAGUAUCUUGAUCUCUACCUGAUUCAUUUUCCUGCAAGCUUGAAACCAGGAACAGCGUUUCCAUGUAAAACAGAAGAUAUCGUGCCAAUGGACUUGGAAUCCGUUUGGAAGGCCAUGGAGGAUUGUCAAAAGCUUGGUUUCACAAAAUCCAUAGGUGUCAGCAACUUUUCCUCCAAGAAGCUUGAGAAGUUACUCUCCAUUGCAAAAAUCCCUCCUGCUGUUAACCAAGUGGAAAUGCACCCAAUUUGGCAGCAGAAGAAGCUGAGACAGUUCUGUGAUGAGAAGCGCAUCCACAUAACAGCUUACUCGCCAUUAGGAGGCCAUGGAACACUAUGGGGAAGUAACCAAGUCCUGGAAAAUGAAGUGCUGAAAGAGAUUGCAAGCAGCAAAGGGAAGACAGUUGCUCAGAUUUGCCUCAGAUGGGUUUACGAGCAAGGGGUGAGUUUAGUUGUGAAGAGCUUUAACAAAGAAAGAAUGAGACAAAACCUGGAGAUAUUUGACUGGAAGCUAUGUCCAGAAGAGCUUCACAAGAUUGAGCAAAUUCCUCAGCAAAGAGUGAAUGUUAUUGAAGCACUUGUAUCGGAAAAUGGUCCCUUUAAGUCAGUCGAGGAUCUAUGGGAUGGAGAAUUAUAG